AUUUGACACACAGGUCUGAAACAAGCUCCAAACCAUUGAUUAAAAACAAAAUAAUCAUGUUUUGAAGCUUCACAAAGCAGUCUUUGAAAAGGGCCCAUCUCUACAGGCCAAAUUAUACAAAUUACUCUGCUUCCACUUCCAUUCAUGAGAGAAAACCAUAUAUUUAUAAUUAAAGAUGGAAUAAUUAAUGCAAUCAAAGUGAUAGAUAUGCAAACUUGCAUUGUGAAAUUUAUGUGUAGCUAUAUCCAAUUUGUUACUGUAUCAGUGAAUUGAAUAAGUUAAGCAUUAUCAGCCACCUGCACAAUACACGCAUAUUCUUUAAAUUGAAUCGAAGUAAUUUUCCACUGUACUUCUAUUUUUAUUGUAAUAGAUCAGUACCAGAGCAUGUUCUUUACUACACUGACUAUAGGUGUUGAUCUGCUCCUCACCACAGUAAUCUGAACUAAUCCUUUUAGCGUUUGUCUUAAUCUACGGCAGUAUUUGGGAAUGUCACAGACAGAGAGUGGUACUUCUUUCCUGGAACAGAAGCAUGUGGGAUGCUUUAUGUGUCUCUAAAGCGAUGCAUCCACUUUUGUAUGCAGACCUUACACUGUGUUUGGCUUUGGUGGUCUGUGCACAGAGUCCAUCAUGUCCGUCUAUGUGCACCUGUGUGCUCCAUGGUCGCAGCAAUGGCAAGGGACUCAGAACUGUGCACUGUAAAAACCCAACCUUGGCUGCCAUUCCUGUAGAUCUGCCAAGCGAUGCAGUCAAGUUUCGUCUAGAGCGCACCUCUGUUUCCAGGAUCUUCAGAGGUGCUUUCUCUGCCAUGCCAGAACUGCUGUAUUUGUGGCUUACAUAUAACUCCAUCACUGUUCUUCAUCCAAGGAGUUUCACAAACCUGUCUUUCCUUCAUGAGUUACGAUUGGAUGGGAACCUCCUGUCCUCCUUCCCCUGGGAGGGACUCAAGGAUGUGCCCCGCCUCCGAACUCUUGGACUGCACAAUAACCGCCUGGCACGAAUCCCUCCCCUGGCCGCGCGUUACCUUGCCAAUGUGACUUACCUGGACCUCUCGAGCAACAGGCUGAGCACCCUGCCUAAUGAUCUGACUGCUCUCUGGCCGUUCAGCGACAGCACUCAGACCCAGCGCUCAGUGGUUUUAGGUUUACAGGACAACCCCUGGGUGUGUGACUGUAGGCUUUCCACUUUGCUUGACAUAAGUAAAGCCCCAGAAACUUCUCUGGUCAUGUUGGAUCGAUUCCUGACCUGUAGUGAACCGCCAGAUCUUGCUGGAGUUCCCUUUCAGAGCGUGGAGCUCACUCGCUGCCGCAGGCCCUAUGUGGUGACCUCUGCCACCAAGAUCACAGCUCUACUGGGUAGCAAUGUCCUACUUCGCUGUGAAGCUACAGGACACCCGACCCCAACACUUACGUGGAUCAAAUCUGCUAUACCCAACCUUUAUAAACAAGGUUGUUGUAAGCAGAUGCAAAGCCGCAUGGACACUGAAAGAUUGCCCAAAAAACUCUCUGGCUAUGUACAAGAAUCUCCACGUGUGGGAAUCCGCUGGUCAGCAGUCAGUCUGAAUGGAAUAUCAUAUAACGAUGCAGGAGAGUACCGGUGCAGAGCACAAAACAUGGCAGGGAUUUCAGAGGCCAUUGUCAGUCUGAAUGUGGUUGGGGUAAUGGCUGAAUAUGCAGACUCCACAAACUCUGACCAACAGCAAACAGCUGCAAAAUCAAACAAUACAAAGAGGAAGCCUAACCAGAAAUCUAAGACAAUACCUUCUUUGCUACCUCGAAACAUGACUAGACCACUCUCCCCUCCAAAGAGAGUCAUGAAAAUCACCAAAGCAAGCAGAGACAAAAUGAAAAGAGACCGGACAGCUGUAAAAAACCUGCCACAGAGAUACUUUUUAAUCGCUUCUAAAACUCAACUGCAAAGAAGACAAAAACCUUAUGUUUCCAUGUCAAUUAGAACCUGACACAUUCAGAUCAUACAUGUAUAUUUUCAGGAACUUUUUCACACGAAUGACCAUAACCUUAUGUAUAUUUCCUCAACUGAGAGUUUUUUAUUUUAUUUUAUUUACUCAGCUAUGACCACCAGAUGGCAGCUCUGAGCUAAUGACACUUCAUGAUAAAAGGUCGAAGCUAGUGAACUGAUAUUGUACUCUUGAAAAGUGUCAAAAUUGAUGUUCCCUCACUUGAACCACUAGUCAUAUCAGUAAUGUAAUAAAAGUCACAUACAGUACAGCAGUAGAAGGCUAAUUGAUAACCUAUUGUCAUCCAUUUGUGUAUUGACAGGCUACAUCAAGUAUAGCCGUGUUUCCACCGCUGGAACUUUACCCGGGAACUAUAGGCACUUUGGGCUGGUACUCGGUGUGUUUCCACAGCAGGAACCAGUAUCUAAAUAAAGUUCCUUUUGGGUUAAAAAAUGCCCCUCAGAAAGUCCAUGGCCUGCUCAUGAGGUAGUACUUUUUCAAAGGUUCGUAACUCUCGUGGGCGGGACUUGGGCGCUAAACACGCUGAUUGGUUGAGUGCAUGCAGCAUUGUGAUUUCAACCUCUAUUUAACUUUUAAUCAUUUAACAAUCAUUUUCAAAAUAUUACUGUUAUUGUGUCAUGAAAUGUAGUUUUAAAAGUAUUCCAUGCGAGAAUGUAGUUAUGCUGUGGCCACUGUGUGAACCGACCAUGUCAUCUCCGAAGCACCGUAGUUCAAAACUCAAAUCUGCGGGUGAUUUAUAAAGACAGUGGCGAUUUAAAAAUGUGUUCUGCCAAUUUCGGAGACGAUCAGCUUCACGCGAUCAGAGGGAUCUCAGUGCUCAUGUUUACCAAUGAGAGCAGUCUUAACUCGGCUAGUCCUUCUGACAUAAACAUAAGAUAUAAUUCACUUUGGGUAAAUCUAACAAGUAAUCUUUGGUCUUUAUUCAAUUAAUUUAUUAGUAUGUUAAAAUGAAAAUAAAAAGAGGCAAUACUGUUUGAUAUUAUAUUUCGUUUAAUUGAAAUGUAUGCUAUAUAAACAUUUCACUGAACUACAUUUCUGUAGCCAUUAAUAUGUGUAAAUGAAAACGUGAAAACGAAAGGAGGCAGUGUUUUUUCUGGGUAAUUUUGGUGGAAACACGGCUUUACAGCAUACCGUUCAUUAUUAUUUUAUAUUUACCAGAAAGGUUUCACACAAACUGAUGAUAACAAAUGCUUUAUGAUUAUGAUAACUAAUAUGCCUUUUGUACGUUGAUGAUAACUGAUUUAACUAAGCCUUUCAUAUCCACAUUCCAGCACUCCUAUAAAAGAAAUCCUGUUAGGUCUACUCCAGUAAAAUAUUACACCAUAUCCAUGUUGAGAAACUCUGUGGGUUUAUUAAGAAUUUGCCCUGAGCAGCCCCAAAACACUAAGCGCAAUUGCAAUAGUCCAUUUUUGUGAUAGUUUUCAAACUCACACCUGAUUGUCAUCACACUAAAUAGUAACAUCUAGUUAAGAUGACCAAAACAUAAUUAUCCAAAUUUUUACUUUCAAUUUAUUGAAUUCACUUUGAUGUAAAAUUCACACACCGAAGCGGAUUCAAUAAACACGUUUGGUUUUGUUUUG